GUACAUAAGACUGAUGUUCCCUGUGCUUCCCUCAUACUAGGCCCUCUUCCUUUUUAUUUAAACUUCUUCGCAUUGUAAGAUACGUUUGUGUCACUUUCGAAAUAAAAAUGAGAAUUUCAUUUUGUAAAAUUAUCUUUCUGAAUUACCUACUUACAUGUGCAAAGUCAGAGGAACCGCACUGUUCAAAAUAUGAUUUUGAAGAGAAAGUUUUAGAGAAAAUGGUUCGCAUGGAAUUUCAAAUGGAGAGAAUGAAAUCUGAAAUGGAACAAACAGUGAAAAAUGUUGACCGGAAACUGAAUAAAAUGGAUGAAAAAGAGGCAAAAAGUUCGUAUACCAUUACAACAACACUGGCAACGUUUGGUGAGAAAAUCGAAGCACUACAAAACAAAACAACAGAGGUUAUUGACACAAAAUUAAAGGAACUGCAAAUUCUUAAAGAUCAGAUUGUGACACCAACUGUGGCAUUCAAGGCAAGGCUAAAUGAUCACACUGCUGCUCCUAAAGGUCAAGUUAUUGUGUUUCCUGUAGUACUUUUCAAUGAAGGAGAUGCCUUCAGCAGUGAGACAGGGAAAUUCACGGCCACAACAAACGGAACAUAUCUAUUUAGUAUAGCAUUAUGUGUGCAGGCAAACAAUUGGAUGUACGUGGUUAUAAUGGUUGAUGGUGUAGCAUACACCAGGACAAACAUGUAUGGUGACGCAAAUAACGGCUGUCAUACAGCUGACACUGUCGCUGUAUUAAAAGCUGGACAGAGCGUGUGGGUUCAGCCGUUUGCUAGUUCAUCUGGUAAUAUAAUCAGACAUUCUUCUUCACAAUUUUGGAACACAUUUUCCGGCGUUUUGCUCCAUAAAUAAAUACAUUAUUUACUGCUUAUGAUUUCACACGAGUUGUUGUACAAUUAUUAAAUAUUAUCAACAUGUUGAUGAAACAAAAGAAAAACGACUCUGUGGAUAGGUAUUAAAACAUUUCAUUCAUUUAUCAUCAUAAUCUUAAAGACAUUUGAUAUUACUUACUUUGUAUAAUAAUGUAAACAUAAUGUCACAAUGUUUCAUUAUUGUGUUAUCUCACUAAUGGUAAAUAAAGCAUCAGGUUAAUAUACAUCAUUGUACUUAACAUAAAGAUAUUUUUGGCAAGUUUUCAUGUAGCCGGAUGGAGUACAAAGGUUCCAAGCCAGAGCUUAAAUGACAAUAUCAUAUACAACUUGGAUUUUAUUAACAGGUGACUUAUUGCAUGAAAAGUAUUGAUUGGAACCUUACGAUGAAGCGAAUGCACCUAUUUAAACCAAACGGAUACUGCGUGUUCGCCUUUAUGGCGGUAAUUCGAACAUUUGCAAAUUUGAAUGCAAGACGCUACAUAGAAAUAGGGCAGAUUAGCCUUAAUACUUCUCUUUUUUAUUUGAAGGUUUUAUAUGACAAAUGUAUACGUGUAAUUAAAAGUAAAAACACAACCGUUGUUAUCAUGGUUAUAGUACAAUGUUGCAAAGAUAAGGUAGUAACAGCAAGCCCUUCUCAUUAUUUCUCAUUUACGCAAGAACCGUAGUUCUUAAGAUAAACGUCAUAUUUAGGAUGUAACCUUUCGUUGUAUAUGAAUGUUUGCUAUGAAAGAUAAACGGCAUAUUUAGUAUGUAGUAAGUUGUUUUGAAAUGUAUGUUUUUUAUGAAAGAUAAUGGUCAUAUUAAGUAUAUGAUAGUUUGUUUAAAAUGCUUAUGAUAAAGAUCAUAUUUAGUAUGGGCCCUAUAACAUUUUGUUUUAUAUGCAUGGUUUUUUUAUCAAAGAAAAACUUCGAAAUGGCGUAUUUAGUAUAUAAUAGUUUGUUUUAAAUGUGCUU